AUGCCUCACCAGAUUAUCGAGAUGGAUAGGGCUACGGACAACAAUUUGCUUGCUGAAACUGAUUCCUCUGGUGUUGCUUCCUCUGGGAAUGGGGAUGACAAUAUGGAUUAUGCCGAAGAGGAACUAGUGGCUUUCAGAAGGCAAAUGACUGAAUUCCGUGCAGCUCUGACUAGCAGUGCGGACGUUGCAUUUAAACACUCCAAACAAUUCUCGCUCAAAGAGAAAGGUGGCAGCUUGAAAUAA